AUGAGCGAAGACGAGUUUGUGGUGCUGCUAGAGCACGCCGGCAUCCUGGAGACGUCAGAAGAGAAUGAUAUGGAAUUCAUGGAAGAGACGGUGCUGAAUGAAUGGCUGGAGCGUGACGGCGUGCAGCUUUUUACCACGCAGAUGACGACGGUAAAGCGCGAACAGAGCGAUGCAGACCUCAUCAUGGACGGCACGGCGUCGACUGCUUCGACCGCCACAGCAACAACACUCGUGGGUGAGGCAAGAACGAGAAUGGCUGGACAUAUAUUGGCUCGAUUAUUGGAGAGAGGAUGGAUAACUCCAAUCGAAUUUGACUAUGCUGAAGAUGAGACGGAGCAGUGGAAAACGAAGCUGUAUACGCCGCGACUGCGAACAAAUGAAGCGUAUAGGAUUUACAUUGAGAAAGACCCGACGGCAACACAGUUGACAGCACGGGGAUUAAAUCUUCAUCCUCAUGGCCUCUGUACAGUAGGUUUGUCGGUAGGGCCUACUCCUAAUUUUCCGCUCUCGGCAUGCCUUGAACACGUGGUGACUGACGAUCAGAAGACUCGUCUACGGGAGAAACUAUGGCUCGACUGCUUUCCGACCUGCUCAGAGAGCGCGAAGCAGACGUUUUUGUCAUUCACACGGCCAGAGAUCAUCCUAUAUGCCACCUUGGGACUUAACCUUAUCAGCAACGGAAUUAGCAGCGUGCCAGCGUUCUCGCGCGAGUUAAAGAGUAUGGGUGUAAGCAGCGCAGACGAUCGGGCUAUAAUCGUCGGAUUUCUAGCCAAGGCAUUUCCAACCGAGUAG